UUUUUUUUUGUUUGUUUCGAUCUCCGUUCGCUCUCCCCGGGAGCGUCGUUAUGGGCGACAUCAGGGAGUCCUCGGGGCUCUCCGAGGAUAGAACGGAGCCUUUCUCGCAGACCGAGAUCCAGGCUCGCCUGCAACGCUCCCGGAUGGAGCAGUUGGACGCUAUCAACAGCGCAGUCCCGCUGGACAAGCUAGUGGUGCCCCUAGAUGACGAUAUCCGGAUUCUCAUGAGGCCGCUCGCCCGAGACCGCACCGUCCGCGAGAAUCGCAAUGUCGUGCCCCUCUCAUUACCCGCCGAGACGGAAGAAGACGAGACGACCCAGCAGGUCCUGGCCGUCCGUCAGACCGACAGGGACGUCAAUUUUACCGUCAGCAUCCCCGACUACCGAAACCCGGACCGGAGGCUGGCCUGCAUUCUCUUCUACGACCCAAGCAGCGACAACCAGAUCCUUGUCAACCGCUCCAACGUACCUUUUACUCUCUCCCGGAUAUCCCAGGAGCCCGAGGAGACCCGUGGGGUGCGGUAUGAGGUCAAUCCAGAAUUUGAGAAGUCUUUGUCGCCAGGCACCUGGCGUAUCACUAUGGACGGAACUGAUCUGUUGGAUUUCCGCCUCCUCGAGAGGAGGCCGGUGCGGUUGCGGGCCGUGUCGACCGCCUCCUGCGACUCGUCAUCUUCGGGGUCAGGGUCGGGUAGUGAUGUGGUGAACUCCUCCGGCAAGAGGUCCUUCGUGCCCGGCGAGGACGACCCCGCUAGCCCCGAGAAGAAGCGGCGACCGACAAACGGCGCCGGCGAUAAGAAGGAGGACAGCGUCAUCAUGUUCGUGCCGGCUGGCGCCAAGGGAAAAGAACUCGUGGGCGCCACCGGCCAUCCGCUACUAGAUAUGCAGUCCAACGAGACGAUAGAGGUUUCACGCGGAGCGGGACUCGUCGGUUAUACCCUCACCAAGAAAGACCCUAUCGCAUCAACCUCCCUGUCCAGUGUAUUUACGGCUGAGUACUCCGGGGCUCCCGGUCGCUAUGUCGUGGCCAAAGUCCUAAAGACGACGCUGCCCGCAAACGCCAACGCCAACGAGGGCGCUCUUGCCAAGACGGUUAUCCGACAGGCCCAGACGUGGUUGCGAGAGCUGGAGAACCAGGAGAAGGUCAAGCACAAGAACAUUGUCCAAAUAUACGGCGGCGACGCUCGGUUCCUAUCCCUGUACAUGGAGCCCGUCGAGGGGCGGGAUCUCUCCGCCCGGGGUGUCUGGCGGACCCAGGGAACGGACCUAUUCGCCGGCGACCGGUCCGACGCCCUGCGCAUACUCAAGGACACGUCAAGCGGCCUGCACUAUCUCCACUCCCUGCGCCUAGAGCAUAACGACAUCAAGCCCGGGAACAUCCUGUACAGCCGGGAACGCGGCGCCGUCGUCUGCGACAUGGGCUUGUCGUCGGAAAAGGGUGCGAGCACGGGUGGCGGAACUCCGUGGUAUGUGCCGCCGGAGUACAUCGGUCUGCGUCAGCGUGGCCCCCCGAGCGAUGUGUGGGCGCUGGGGGUCGUGAUGCUGUACGUGAUGCGCAAGAUCUCCUGGCCGGACAUCCGGGGUGACCGCCGACAUCCCCGUCACCUCUACUGGACCAUCGCCCAUGUGCACGAGAAACGGCCGAACCUGCAGGUUACGGCUGUUUCGCAGAUGCGAAGGUGGCUGAGCGAGGUUAACGCGGUGCGCAGCAGCCUUGACCUGAACGAUAAGCUGGAGCGGCUGGUGCAUGGCAUGCUUGCCCCCAACCCGAGGGAACGGUUGACCAUGAAGGAGAUUGUCAACCAAUUAUUUGUUGAUCAAGGACCGGACAGGUGACGGCGGCAAUACGCCAGGCAUAUUUGCACUAACAUUCUACAUGACGCCCGUGCCAUCAGCAAUAUCUACAAAUCAUUGGCCUC